AUGCAAAAGGUGACAGCAAAGCUGCCGUCUUGGGACCAGACCAAGACAACAGGCAAAAAGGGGUUUGACCAGGGCAAAAAGGGCUUCGACAAGGUCUGGGGAUGGGCGGACAAGCUUGGGGCUCCGGUGAACCGGCUGUCAAACCGGAUUGGCAGCGAGGCCUUUUGGCCAACAACGUUGGACAAGGAAAGCGACAAGGCGGCACGCAUAUUGCGAUCGUUCUGCAAGGAUGGCUUCUACACUGAAGAGGUGCAGCAGACGACGGCGGAUGGGCCCAAACAGAAGCAGCGUGUGCUUAAGAAGAUUCCGCAGCGGGUGAUCCAGAACGCCGUUGGACUGGCCAUCUUCACCACCAUGAGGACGGGUCUUUGGGUGUCGGGUGCUGGCGGGUCAGGCAUCCUGGUCGCACGAAAGGAGGAUGGAUCCUGGUCGCCGCCCUCGGGAAUCCUGCUGCACACGGCCGGACUGGGCUUUCUGGUAGGCGUGGACAUCUACGACUGCGUGCUGGUGAUCAACAACAGGAAGGCGCUCGAGGCAUUUACUAAGAUCCGCGCUACGCUGGGCGGCGAGAUCAGCGCUGUGGCCGGACCCGUGGGAGCCGGCGGUGUGCUAGAGAACGACGGCAAGUGGAAGCAGGCCAACCGGCCGGUCUUUACGUACCUCAAGUCGCGCGGCUUCUACGCCGGCGUCCAGGUCGACGGCACCAUCGUGAUCGAGCGCACUGACGAGAACGCGCGCUUCUACUGCGGAACGGUUGGCGUGACUGACAUUUUGGCCGGCCGAGGCGUUGCUGCCCAUCCGCCGUCCGAGAUCCGGAUGCUGAUGGAGACGCUCAAAGCAGCCGAGGGCCGUACCGACGUCGACUCUGAUUUGAUGGACGAGCUCGAGGGCCAGCCAGCGCCUGGUGACGUUAGCGUCGAUGCGCCGGGCACCAACGACAAGGCCGAGGAUGGUAGCUCGCUCUUUGGCAUCCCCGACCCGGAAGACCCAGACCCCUACGGUGUGCUCGCAUUGGAGAAGGAGGGCCUCGAGGUGCGCGACGCUAUCACUCGCUCACGUCCGUCCAGCCAGCAGUUCGAGUUCAACCCCAGUCCAAGCAGCCCCAUCUACGGCCGUUUUCACCGUCUUAGCGUCGUACCAAGUCUGGCCGUUCCAGCCGAUGGGCAUACCGCCGGCGACAUCACUUCGGACGAGGAGAAGAGUGUGUACGAGGAUGUAGCCGAGCCGGCUGACCUUGUUGCCCCGACGGACCCGCAUACACCCCCAGCAGGCGCUACACCUUACAGCGACAACCCGUGGGAAACGGAGAAGCCCAGUAGUGUCACAACUACAGAAAACCCGAUUGUCGAAGCACGGCCACCUGUCACACCCACUGCCGUCCUACCAAGAGGUCCCCCACCACCACUACCACCGAGAAACAGCAUGCACGUCAAGCUAGAGCUUGAAGAUGUCAGUCUGCAGGAGGAAAUACCGGAAACAAGCAAUGAGGUGACUGUAACGUAG